ACAGCUUUCACAUUACUGGAGAGGACAUUACUGCAGAGAAGUCCAAAGUGGUGCAUGUGCAUAGUGCAGUGGGCAAUUCACUGAACACCAUUUUUGCUGAUACAGAUCAUGAAAGAGGAGAGUGCUGAGUAAGAAGAAAAAUGGCCUGAUUAAAGAACAAAAGAAAGAGUGACAGACUUGAGAGCUCUUUUUCUUCUAGUUUGUGUGACGUCACAGCAGCAAUGAACCCUUAACGCAAACAGUGCAAUUACCUUUGACAUUCCUAAAUUGGACAGAGCAAGAAAAAUAAGACUGCAUAGGUCAAAUCUAUUGCUCCGGCCGUUGAAUAGGGAGCUCUUUCAAAAGAGAAAAUGAGAGAAUUGCAGAAAAGAAACAAGAUUUUAUGAAUGUUGUAAUACUUUUGUAAAUGAUGCCAUAUUUGUGCCUUUUUUAUGUGCUUGUGCAUUAACAUUUAAAUGAACUUGUAUUUAUAUGUUUGGUAUCCUUCAACAUACUACAGAAUUUUUGAGAAUCUGUCUAUAAGACAUGAAAUGGCACAUUCCAAAUUUAAUUUCAUUACCGUUUGAUUUGAUAAAGAUUCAAUAAAGAUCUCACCUUUGUUGGGUUAGAAUUAUAAAAAAAGUAAUAAAUAUAUAUCAAAGGUCAAGGGUCGCAUUGUAGUGAGGAAGCCAUGGCUGUGCCGGAAGGAGGGCUCCCUCUGACGCCCUUCAUUCAUCAGGUCGGGGGUCACAGAGGAAUCCUGCUGUACGAUAAAUGCACAAUCUGUAAGCCAAUGUUCGAACGGGAGAUCCGGAAUUACCGUUACUUGGCUCCUAUCAUGGGAGACUUUGUACCAAAGUUCAAGGGUGUUGUUGAAGUUGUCGUCGAGAAGGACAAGGAAGACGAUAUAACAUACAGGGCUAUCACAGCGCCCUCUCUCAGGCACAUUGACCAUGGUACGAUCAAUGGUAAGGUGUCAAGCAACAUUGAGUUGGAUCUGAUCUCUUCUGUGGACUCAAAAUGCAGUGUGACUGAUGACAUGUACAAAGGAGAUGUUUAUACUAAUCACAAAACCCACGUAUCCUCCUGUUGUGAUGGCCGGUGCAUCCAAAACAACAACAAGAAUUCACCUUGUCAAAGAAUAUCCCCAAACCCUCAGUGCCUUGAUGACAGCCCUCCCCUGCAUGGACCAACGAGAGGAAAGGUUUUUGAGGAUGCGACAGACUACUCCUACCUAUCACGGGGCAAUGGUCUGAACCCAUGGAGUCUGAGAGUUCAUCAGGCCGAGGCUCUCAGGUUCACCAUGGGGGAAAAUAGACCCUUCAAGAUACACGCUGACUACAUGCUCCUUGAAAAUGUGACAGUGGACUACCAGUGCCCGUCCGUCAUUGACCUGAAGAUAGGCACCCGUUGCCAUGGUGAUGACCUUUCGGAGGAGAAGAAGCAGUUGAACAUUGCAAGGGCCUUAGAGAGUACAACCAAAAAACUAGGAGUGCGCUUCGGGGGCAUGCAGGUAUACCAAGCUGACAAAGGCACCUAUGUAUGCUGCAACAAGAAAUAUGGAAACAAACUGACCGAGGAUGACCUUCGUUAUGAGGUCGGCAGAUUCGUCUAUGACAAGCACCAGCACAGUAGGAGGAUACGAGCUUCCAUCAUCCGGCGCAUCUCACAACUCAAGGAGCUCAUCUCGAGCAUGGAUCAGUAUCGUUUCUUCGGCUGCUCGGUGCUUAUCAUAUAUGAGGGCAUGGAAAAGGUCGAUUCUACUACGCAGAGUAACGAGGUGAAUGGUUCAACGGAAGUCGAGUCGGCAUUGAGCAAAGGAGAUGCGGAAAGUGGUAGGUACAGGCCUGAUUGCAACGACGAGGCCCGCGACCUCAGGACAGAGAACGCGAAGAGGACUGAUGAGGAUGACGAUGAUGACGAUAACGAUGGCGUCUUAGUGAAGAUCAUCGAUUUUGCGCAUUCGUCAUCCGCUGAAGUAGCUGGAAUGGAUGGGAUAAAUUAUGAAGGUGAAGAUAAGGGUUUUGUGUAUGGUUUAGAGACCCUCAUAGAAUUAAUACGAGAAGGUCCUGCUAAAACGUAGGUUAAAUGCAAUACAUCUCUUUCCUGUACUAUUUGAAGGUGCACACUUAAUAUUAUAUCAAUAUAUUAUGUAUUAGAGGGAGAAAUGAAAGCAAAUAUAUUUAUAUUUAUGUGUUUGAAAUAGAUUUUGCACUUUAUAUAGAAAGAGGGCUGUGAAGUAGAUAUUCAUAAGAACCAUUCACUAUGUUAUUCAAAAUUAGCUUUAGACUGUAGAUUACCUAUUUUAUUCGGCGAUGACUACCAAAUAUCAAAUUGUAUUCAAUAUGCAUUCCAUAGGAAGCUGAAGGCUGGGUUAUGAUAUUGCGAAGUACAUGUACAUGCAGGCUUUUCUUUUUUACUAGGAAUGAUUAGGAAAGCUUAAAUUGCAUAGAUUUUCUCUCUCACUCUGUCUUAUCCAAAAUGUUGGCUAGUGUAUUUGAUCUACUUUUUAAUUACAUUUUACAAAUGGGUAUACCGACUUGAAUUUUGAAAUUAUAAAAACAUCUCCUCCAAUUAAUUAAAACCUCAGAAGUCUGAUGAUUUUUUUUUUUAAUGACUAUUACAACUCUCAUUUUAUACCAGUGCUGUAUAUUGAUGGUCAGUGUACUACAGAUUUACAGGUAAAUAGUAGCCUUCCUCUUGUAUUGGUAAUAGAUGUCUUCAUU